AUGGGAAACUCUGCUGAACUACAGAUCUGCUAUGAGGACAAACUGGAGAUCUUGAAUUUAAUAGAAAUGAUGUUCACAAAAAUGCAAUGUGCAACUGCUAAUUUGAUCAGAAAACCUGUUGUUAUAUUUUCAACAAGAGAAGAAAGAAAUUUUUUGGAUGAAGAUAUGCUUAAGGUUGAUGAUAUAGAGGCAUCAAAACUACUUGAACUGCUGGGACUUCUCAUCACCAACCUCCAGGUAUAUCAAGAAAACUUGAAGGAAUCUUUGGAAGAAAGUCAGAUUGAUGUUGAAACAGUUGAUGGUAACAGUGUUGAUACAGGGAUGGAUAUAUCUGGGAAGGAUACUGUUAGCAUUACUAAAACAGAUAUUGGUGAACAAAUGCAGACUGAACUAGCAAGUGUCUGUCAGGAUGCCAGUGUUCAGACAGAAGAUAUACUUUCUAACUUAACUGAAAGUUUGUGUAAAAAUGAAAAUUCUGAGAACAUAGGGAUUUUUCCAGGAACUAGUAGCAGUAGUUUUCCAGUAUGUAAUGAAGCAGGUGAUGUUAUAAACAGGGGAGAUAACUGCAGAGAGCUAGAAGAAAACCUGGUGCAGAUACGAGCAUCAAAGUGUGAGAUUGAUAGAAGAAUUGCAGCAUUUGUAGAAAAAAAACAAUUGGAGGUUAAUGAAUUGAACAGACGUGAGUUCUGCAGUGCACAGGGCCCAGAAGAGGCAGAAAACAGCUGUGCUCGUGUUGACUCCUUAUUUUUCACAAGAGCGGAUGGGAAAAGUCACAUCAAAGUGAGUCGGGUGGUGAACUUACAAGGUCCACAAACCCAGAUCCCAGUCCAGACAGAGGGCACCGCAGAGCCAAAGGAAGUUGUACAGAAAAACAAGCUUCCCGAAGGGAUGGAGGAACGGCUCGCAAACAUGGAGAAUCAUCUCAACGUCAACAAAGGUAAGAUGGCUUGCAGUGAUGUGUACACCAGACUAAAAUACCUAGAAGAGCGCAUCUUGUUUUUGGAGAGCUUGUCUCCGGAAUAUUUUACAUUUCAGCCUCCACAUCACAAACGACCAAGAAAAGAGAAACAAGAUACCAUUUACAGGGCACCUGAGGAAGAGGGUAUGAGUGUAUCAGAAAUUGACAUGAAGAUCAAACAGCUGAAGGAGUCACUGUCAAAGAAAGCAUCCUCAAAAGCACAGACUUCAUUAUCCAAUACAUAA